AUGUGGCACAUGCUGGAUGGCCGUUCGCUGACCGCCGACGCACUUGCUCGUGCUGCUGUGGUUGUCGCUGUGGAAGUACUACUCCUAGGCACUUCGUUUCUCAACAUCUGCGUCAUAUUCACGACCGCCGACCUGUACGAUGUCAUUGGAUGUUACCUGAUAUCUCUGUCUGUUGCGGAUCUGCUGGCCGCAUUGUUCAUCGUGCCGCUAAGCUUAUAUAGCACGUUAGAUCCGAACUGGCGAUUCAUGGGCGACAAUUCCCUCAUUUGCAAGGGUAGUGCCUAUCUUCAAAUCGCACUGUUUUGCUCCACCGUGUACACGUUUGCCUGGAUCUGCAUCGAUAGGUACUCGGCGAUGAUGAAACCUUCUCGAUAUGCAGAUCAGUCUCUUACACGCUGUAAAUGUUGGAUUGUCUUUAGUUGGCUUACUUCACUUUUGCUGUGCUGUCCAAUUGUCGUUGCACAAAUGCAGGUUGUUUUUCUUGAGGAAGCUCAGCUAUGUGUACUCGAUUGGACUGCAACAUCCGCUUACAGCAUGACUCUACUCCUACUUGUAUUCCUGCCCACUAUUGUUACUGUUUUCAACACUGGAUAUAAAAUCAUCAGUGCGAUGCGGAACCCAGAUCAGCUUGAAGACAACCAGCGAAUGGUGAUCGAGACUGAUCCAAAUUUUGUGCUCACCAUGUUCCUACUUGUUGCUUUCGUACUUUCGUGGUUACCUUUACUGUGUCUCAAAGUGUUCGAAUAUUUCUUUCCCCCACAACCGGACGCUGAUUUAUCUCUGGCCACUUUCAUAUUUGUGUGGCUGGCCAUCGCAGGACCUUCUGCGAAAUUUCUAAUUUAUAUGUUCAUCAACGGUGCGUUCCGCAGCAGUUUUCUGUCCUGGAGGCCAUGUCUAUCCAUAUGUUGUCCAGCUGGCAGACAUCAGGAUUAUCGCGAUAUAACUUUCAAUUCUUAUUUAUAA